AUGGAGGAAACCAUCAAUAGUUCUCAAAAAGGAUUUAUUCUUCUGGGAUUCUCAGAUCAGCCCCAGCUUGAAAGGAUCAUAUUUGUCAUUAUUUUGGUCUUCUACAUCUUGAACUUUCUGGGGAAUACUGCUAUCAUUUUGGUUUCCUGUACAGACCCUAAACUCCAUACUCCAAUGUACUUUUUCCUCAGCAAAAUUUCUUGUGUGGACAUCUGCUUCACAACAAGUAUUGCCCCUCACUUGCUGAUUACCAUGGGCAAGAAAGACAAGACCAUGAGCUAUGGUGGAUGUGUAGCCCAGCUUUAUGUGGCCAUGUGGUUGGGUUCCUGUGAGUGUAUUCUCUUGGCAGUCAUGGCCUAUGACCGCUAUGCUGCUGUCUGUCAACCUCUUCACUAUACUUCCAUUAUGCAUCCUCAACUCUGUGCAAUCCUGGCUGGCCUAGCAUGGAUCAGUGGCCUCAUCGCCUCCCUAAUUCAGUGCUCCCUUACCAUGCAGCUGCCCCUCUGUGAUCACCACAAAUUGGACCACAUCUUCUGUGAGGUGCCAGUGCUCAUCAAAUUGGCCUGUGUGGACACAACUUUCAAUGAGGCAGAGCUCUUUGUAUCCAGUGUAAUUGUCCUUGUUGUCCCUGUGUCACUCAUCUUAGUCUCCUAUGGCUUUAUAACCCAAGCUGUGCUGAGGAUCAAAUCAGCCACAGGACAUCAAACUUUUGGGACCUGUUCUUCCCACCUGGUUGUGGUCAUCAUUUUCUAUGGGACCACCAUCUUUAUGUAUCUUCAGCCAGCUAAAAGUAGCUCCAAAAACCAGGGGAAGUUUGUCUCCCUUUCCUAUACCAUAGUCACCCCACUCUUAAAUCCCAUUAUCUACACUCUGAGAAACAAGGAUGUAAAAGGGGCCUUGAGGGCACUAAUAAUUGGGAAUGUUUUUCUGUUAUGA